AUUCAUAGUUAGGUUAUUAUGACUAUUCUGGCAUUGCAAUUGUAUCUAAACUACGUUGCAGCAUCAGAAACAUGGAUAUGGCUUGUCAAAAACAUGGUGACAUGAUGAAUAUCAGAGACGUAGGAGCAGUUCACAUUGUGCAACAUGGGGAAGGAUAUCAUUGUUUUGCAGCAUUCAUCUUUUCAAAUGCAUCCAUUCGAACCCUUAAAUUUGUACACGGUGAAGAGAAGGUUGCUGUUGGAUUUGAAACUGGUCAGGUGGCAAUGCUUGAUAUGAGAUCCUUAUCAAUUUUGUUCCGUACAGAUUGCUUAUCUGGUGCUCAUUCACCCAUCAUCUCUAUAGCGUUUCAUGUCAAUCCUCAGAUCAGUGCUGUAAUAACAAGUGCAACUGGAAAUCCUGAAGACUCUGCAAGAGUGAUGCUUAUCUUGACCAAGGAUGCAAAUGUUUUCAUCAUUGAUAGCAUAAGUGGUAAAACAAUCAGCUCACAGAGGAUGCACCCAAAAAAAGAGUCUUCUGCAAUUUCCAUGUAUGUUAUAGAUGGAGCUAGCUCUGUUCUAGAAAAGAACAGUGAGACGUCCUCUCAACAUCCAUCAGAGGAAAAAUCUUCCCAUAGUGAUUCCAUACAAGGAGAUGACCUCAAUGGAAGUGAACCACAAGAAAUUGAUCAACACUGCUCUAGUGAUGUGUCACACUCAAAUGAACUAUCAGAUCCUCAUGUUUUGGUUUGUUGUGAGGACUCUCUGUGGUUUUGGCCAUUGAAGGCUGUCAAACAGGGAAAUAACAACUCCGUCCAUAGAUCAAAUAUUGUAAAACGUUGUUGCUGGUCAGCAAUCUUCAGAAAAAGAGAUGAAAAAGGAUGUGGACUGAUUUUACUAUAUGAAACGGGGGACCUAGAGAUGAGAUCCCUUCCUGAGCUGGAGGUUUCAGCAGAAAGUUCCAUAAUGUCAAUUUUAAGAUGGAGCUUCAAGACAAACAUGGAAAAAGCUAUGAGUUCUUACGACAAUGGGCAGAUCACAAUGGUGAAUGGUUCUGAACUUGCUUUCAUCUCACUUUUGGCUUGCGAAAAUGACUUCAGGAUACCAGAAUCUUUGCCCUGCCUUCAUGACAAAGUUGUUGCAGCUGCUGCAGAUGCUGCUAUUAGUCUCUCUAUGAAUCAAAAGAAAAGACAGAGUACAGCAUCUGGGAUUCUGGGUGGUAUCUUCAAGGGACUUAAAGGAGGUAGAGCGGAGAAUGACAGUGAUGUUUCUCGCAGUUUUGAUAAAUCUAGCUCAGAGAAAUUGGAGGACUCCUUUUCAAGAGAUCCAUUCGCAGAAUCGCUAGCUACACCUACUAAUGACAAAGAAGUUGAACUAAGCAUAGAUGACAUCAUGAUUGAUGAGGAAUUGCCCAUAUCAUCAUCAUCCACUGUAAGUAAACAAAAGAAAACAGAUGAGAAUACAGAAAGAGAAAAAUUAUUCCAAGGAGCAACUCAUGAUACAAAGCCAAGAGUAAGAACAACACAAGAAAUCAUGACACAGUAUAAAUUUGGCGGGGAUGCUGCAAAAGCAGCAGCUCAUGCAAAGGACAAGCUGAUGGAGCGACAGGAGAAACUUGAGAGAUUGAGUAUGCGCACUGCAGAGCUGCAAGAUGGGGCACAGAAUUUUGCUGAAAUGGCUAAUGAACUCGUAAGGACAAUGGAGAAAAAGAAAUGGUGGAAUAUAUAAGUGCUCCACCAUAUGGACGUGAUGUUUGAAUUAUACCUGGGAAUUCAGAAGGCCUUCUGUUUGAGGUUUCUUUGGUCAGCUCUCAGAUCACCAACAGAAUUCUGCUAAUUGGAGAUUAUUUCACAUAUCUUUUUUUUGAAGUAAUUGUUUCACUUAUCUGAACUGCUGAUGUAUUUAAUUCCACACCAAUAAAUUACGUAUGUAUUAUUUG